AUGGCAAAACAUCAUCCAGAUUUAAUAUUUUGUCGUAAACAAGCUGGUGUUGCAAUCGGUCGUCUAUGUGAAAAAUGUGAUGGUCGUUGUGUUAUUUGUGAUUCAUAUGUACGUCCGACAACACUUGUACGAAUAUGUGAUGAAUGUAAUUAUGGUUCAUAUCAAGGUCGUUGUGUUAUAUGUGGUGGUCCUGGUUGUUCAGAUGCAUAUUAUUGUCGAGAAUGUACAAUUACGGAAAAAGAUCGUGAUGGUUGUCCAAAAAUUGUUAAUUUAGGAAGUGCUAAAACAGAUUUGUUUUAUGAAAGAAAGAAAUUUGGAUUUAAAAAACGUUAA